GGGUCUUAGUACGAUGACAUCACUGGCUUCUUAAUCACAACUUCAACUUGCAGUAUCACAAAAUCGAUGAUCACCUCCGUUUCAUAAUGCUCAGUACUCGCGCCUGUAUGCUUCAUUUUUCUGCUCAAGCCGUGACUCUGGGGUAACGCUUCCUUUCUCUAUUGAAGCAUGAAUAACAAUGCCCGCUCUUGCCCGGAGACUUUUGAUUUGGGCGACCGUCGACGGCCUUGUUCUUCAGGCUCACGGUCCAGCUGAGCAAAAUAAAACCGUUCAGAUCGACUAUAAGCGUUCGCAGAUCAAAGAGGUUCGGGACUAUGAUGAGACUACGAGGAAAGGCACUCCAUUGGAGGCCCACGGUGUCAUAGGACUUCUAUCUAUCGCAUCAUCCUCUUUUCUGAUUGCCAUCACCCAGCGAGAACAAGUGGCACAAAUUUUUGGCAAGCCGGUCUACGUGAUCAGGGACGUCGCGUUGGUGCCGUUAUCGUCUCAAAGUGAGGCUGAGACGGCGAUCACCUCCGCCAUAGCUUCACGAGGACCGGCUGCAUCAGCCGACGACUCGGAUUCCGACCUCAGCGAUGCCGGUGAAGAUGACGAGGCUGCUACUAAGGAUGCAGAGCCUGAUACACCGUCCUCCGAUACAUCCAUCGAACAUGGCCUGACCCAGCACAUAAAUGCAAGCACCACGAGCAUAGUCAAAAACGUCAUCGCCAAUCGAGGCCAGUACGCACGUUUUGCAUCACAAUGGUUCUCAAAGCAAGGCUGGGGAGGCGGAAAAGCAGAAGAUAAGUCGUCAGACUCAUCACAAGAGCUGAGUCCAGAGGCGACCCAGUCAUCCACGAAAGGAGACAUUGCGGCGGCAGCGAAUUCUGCGAAAUUACAAGGCGAAGGCCACGAAGACGCGCAAGUGGCAGAGACCCAGAAAAUACUGGCCAGCAACUCGGUUCGGGACGCCCUUCCAAGGAUCGUCAAGACUACAAGGAUGAUCUUAACUUCCGGAAGCUUUUUCUUCUCCUACGAGUUUGACCUCACCCGUAGGCUCGCACUUCUGGGCGGCAAUGGAAAGGCACCGUCUGUCGAAUCUUUGGAUCCACUGUAUUUUUGGAACAAACGCCUUGCAACGCCGUUCAUAGAUGCGAAACAGAAUACAUUCCUGAUGCCCAUCCUACAAGGCUUUGUGGGGCAAAGAGCUUUCACAGUUAACAAGCCGGAGCCGAAGGACCCUCAAUCAGCCAGCAUCGUCGCGGCAGAGCACGACAAAGAUUCUGCGGGGCUCGGCGAUGCCAUCGAGUCGGCUAAGCAAGGCCUUGCCAGUAUGAGUGGGGAGAGCCAGUCAUACCUACUCACGCUGAUUUCUCGACGCUCGGUUAAGCGGUCCGGACUGCGGUAUUUGCGCCGGGGUAUCGACGAUGAAGGGAACUGUGCAAAUGCCGUGGAGAGCGAGCAGAUUCUGUCAUCCCCUGAUUGGUCCCCCGCAAGGAGGAUCCGCUCUUUCGUCCAGAUACGAUGCUCUAUACCCCUUUACUUUUCCCAGUCACCAUACUCACUCAAGCCCGCGCCAAAUAUCCAGCACUCUGCGUCCAAGAACGACGCCGCGAUGAAGAAGCAUUUCCAAGACCUCAAGCAACGGUACGGCGGUGUCCAGAUCGCAGCGCUGGUCGACAAGCAUGGUACUGAGGCUUCCAUCGGGUCGGCAUACGAAGAAGCGGUGCGAUCCCUCAAAGAGGCCAACCAACUCGAAAAUGUACAAUUCUAUUGGUUCGAUUUCCACGCAGAGUGUCGCGGUAUGAAAUUCGAAAAUGUAUCGAGGCUUGUCGACAAGCUCGGGGGUACAAAUGAGAACUUCAACGAGACGACUAUCUCGAGCGAAGGGACCGAGACAAGUCAGUCGGGUGUGAUCCGCACGAAUUGCAUGGACUGUUUGGACAGGACGAAUGUAGCGCAAAGUGCAUUUGGCCAAUACAUGCUGCAAAGAGACCUAGCCAAGGAGGGAUACAAGAUUGACUUGCUCACCGAUCAAAGCACGACUUGGUUCAAUACGCUAUGGGCUGACAAUGGCGAUGCGAUAUCCCGACAGUACGCCUCCACUGCAGCACUCAAGGGCGACUUCACCCGUACCAGACGUCGCAAUUACCGAGGUGCAUUGAAUGACUUCAGUCUGACCUUGACUCGGUAUUACAACAACAUGGUCAAUGACUAUUUCUCCCAAGCAGUCAUCGAUGUCCUGCUAGGAAAUAUGUCAUGGAAGAUCUUCGAGGACUUCGAGAGCAACAUGAUGAGCGCUGAUCCUGGAAUAUCGAUUGACCAGAUCCGUCAAACGGCAAUCGAGAAUUGCUCAAAGCAAGUGAUCCAAGAAAGCAACGAAGAUCUCAUUCAGGGAUGGACGAUGUUGACACCUGCUCAUGAGAACACGCUGCGGACCAUUCCGUUCGAAGAGGCUGUCAUUCUGCUGACUGAUACUGCUCUUUACUGUUGCAAGUUUGAUUGGGCCACUGAAAAGCUGCGGUCGUUCGAAAAGGUCGAUCUCAGGUCGAUAUCCAAGAUCAGGUAUGGAACGUACAUCACCUCGACAUUCGGUGAGCGGGCUGUGAGCGAAGAGUACAAUGCCGGGGUUGUGAUUGUGUACAAGCCUGGGAAAGAGAGCAUCAUCAGAACAAAUACACGAUCUUUGCAGAAUUAUGUGAAGCCCCAAUCGGAAGACUCCGAGAACCGAGUUGAUGGAGGAACCGGUAUAUUGUCAUGGCUGAGUCCUUCUGCACCGGCGUCAUCCAGGUCAGUCGCCAUGAAGGUCAUUGCUGCAACCGGCAGUCAAAUGGAUAUACCAGAGCAGAAGAAUGUUGGAACACCCCUGGGUGUGGCUGAGCACAUUGCGGAAGAGGUCCGACGGGCCAUUGGUGGCUCUGGUGGUGGUGGUACGCAAGGAGGCGGCGAUGACCUUGUUGAACAUGCAGACAUCAUCUCAAUUGCAGACGCCAAGAAGCGCACUGGCUAUCUUGAACAAUUGGGAUAUUCGAUCAAGAAAAUGGUCUGGACGUGAGCGUGGCAUUUGUGAUGAGUGUUUGUCGGCAAGCAGUGAAUACACACUCCUCGUUCAACCAGAACAUGUCUUAUCCUGAGUUGGCUCAUUGUGCCAUGAGAUGCUGAUGGUUGUUGGACGACAUAGCCAGAGAAUACAUUUGGGGAUGUCUGAUUUUACGAUAUAUAGGUAUACGACGAUCAUGAUAUGGUUUCUAGCAUGAUAGCAUAUACCUUGUAGGUACUUACGUAUACCUACGCCGACGGAUACGAGGGGCCCACUAAAAUCAAUCAUUGAUUCAG